CAUACUUUGUUCACAGUCAUCAGAGAAGCAAAAUAUUUUUUCUUGUCGAGUUUGACCGUGAAAAGUGCACUCGCCAUUGUAUGAUGUGUAAUUUUUGAAGAAAAACUUUGUUAUUUGUUGUUGCCUCUUCAUUGAUUGAUAUGAGCGUUGUUAUAAGUGAUCGAAAACAAUCAUAACUAGAAGAGUAUGAUGAAAUAAUUCCCACCGAGCGUAGAACAAAUUUCUAUUCAUAGAAGGCAAAUCCAAUUAGGGUAGAAAAGUUUGUCUUCCUGGCUGUGAUCGAUCGAUUAGUAUUCCACGAGUGUGACAUUGGAAGUUAAGAAGUUGCAGAAUGUUGAGCGAAUACUCAAAUCUCUCCACCGAUGGCGACGAAUCCAGCAGCUACGCGGAGAACACCGAAGACGACACGGAGGACGAUGUGUUCUUCCAGCUGAGUGGUGGCGCCGUCGAGGAUGGGGUCGGAAAUCGGGGAAGGCUGGUGACCAUCAAUCAGUACGCGCAGGAUGUGGUGGAUUUUAGUUCCCAGUACGGGAGCGAUACGAGCAUUUCAUAUACGGCCUACAAUGUGACCGGGAAACCGUCCAAGUAUCCGGAUUAUGGGGAUUUUCCGGAGACAUUCGCCUUUCGUACUUACGGACCGUGGUGGAAACUGGCACCUUCGGCACAGAGAGACUUCAGUACCCGCAACGUCUCCGAUGGGAUUCCAGUGGAUGAUUACAUUCUGCUCCGAUUCGAGGAACUCGUCUAUCCAGAAUCGAUUAACAUCUUUGAGACGUACAACCCGGGAGGUUUGGUUCGCAUUUGGGCACACACCGAGGAAUGGGUCUGUUUGUGGGACGUUUGCGAAGCGGAUGAAAGUUGUUUGGUGGUCGAACGAAACAAAGCUCGAGUGUUCUCUCCGCGGUUGAAACAAUGUCCACAACCAACUCGUUACAUCCGGUUGGAGUUCAAUCAUUUCCAUCUGCAGUAUUCGACUCAGUUGGACGCGGUUCUGUUGAUCGGACAAAAGUUUGUGCCUUGCGGAAAUCUUAGAGGAAAGCAACAACUGAUUUCACUUGUGGAAAAGGGUCCUAUUCAGAAGAAGCUUGAGCUGGAGAGAUUCCGCCCGGUCCCGGCUGCCAAUCGGGAGGAGAUCCUUCAGGACUUUCUGCGCAAUGGGCUAGACGAGUUCGUGCGUGGAUUGAAUCAACAACAAUCUUCUACCGAAUCGGAGAGUGACGGUCACAGUAAGCCGUCAAACGUCGAAACCAGUUCCGUGGUCACCGUUUUGACGCUGGACCAGCUGCCCUACGAAAUCCUAUUUAAUGUGAUGUCCUUUCUGGAUCUGAAAUCGCUCUAUCGAUGUGGACGAGUUUGCCGCACGUUCAAUCAGAUCGUGGCGGUGAAUUCUCUACUGUACGCGGAAAUCAAUCUCAAGCCGUACUGGAACAGUGUUUCGACGACGCUGCUGGAGUCGCUGAAGAAGAGAUGUGCCUACACCAAGAAGCUGGAUCUGUCGUGGUGCGGCUCGUUCAACAAACUCACAGCCACCGAUUUUAAAGAAUUUCUUGCCAUCUGCGGCAGCAACCUGACCCACCUCCGACUGGACUCGUGUAAGUUCCUCUCCACCGGCAGUUGCCUUGAAGCCAUCGGUUCCCACUGUUUCGAAAAUCUCCGAGAGCUCACUCUCCAAAACUACCACCCGGAGGUGGAAGAUUUCUCCGGCCUGUACUACUUCCGCAACCUUGAACGCCUGGACCUGAAUCGGACCAUCAUCAACACCGACGCGCUUCUGAUCGUGCUGGCGCGGAACGAACACCUCCGCCACCUGAACCUGGCGUUCUGCUCCAUGGACGUCAACAUGGACGACAUCGCUCUCCAGAUCUCCAAAUACAACCGGCAGCUGAUUUCGCUGGACAUGUGGAAGUCCCACUCGCUAACUUGCCUUGGUUUGGAGGCCCUCAGCAAGUGCACCCUCCUCGAGGAGGUCGACUUCGGGUGGUGCCUCCGGGAGGAACCCUCGCCGGGGGAAUCCAUCCGGUUGCUGGUCCAGAGCUGCCCGCGGCUGAGAAAACUCUUCCUGGCGGCCAUUCGGGGUCUCACCGAUCGGGACCUGGAGGUGAUCGCCAACAGUUGCGAGAAUCUCGAACAGCUGGACCUGAUGGGCAUCAUGGGCAUUUCAACGGAGAUGUGCUACCGGAUUCUGUGCCGCUGCCGUAAGCUGAAACUGCUGGAUUUGAGCUUCUGUGAUAAUUUGGAUAACCUGCAGAUUGCGCUGUGGCGGGAUUGUUUCGAUGUGGCCAUCAAGCGCAGCUUUGUGGACUUUGCGGCGGCGCGUGGAUCGGAGUUUUGAGCUCGAAGGUUGUGAGAUAUUUUUAAUAGUUGGUCAUAGCAUUCCUGAAUUUUCGUUUCAUCCUGUGUUCUAUGAAGAGAUUUAUUUUACUAUGUGAUUCGUAGGAAAAGCGUAUUUACUGCGCGAGGAGAAGAGUUUGCAUACAGAGUAAUAGGUAUUUUAUCUAUAUUUAUACGACUGAAUUGUCUGUAUGGCGAUACGAUUGAGCCGAAAACGAGGUUAUUAAAUAGAUUUAAAGUAAUAAGACCUGAA